AUGGCGACUCAAACAAUAAAAAAGAUAUACAGUGUUUUGAUCAUUGUAGCUUUAUUUACGAUGAUGGUUUCAACAUUUGCGAGUACGAUAGAAAUAUGUGUUAAACAUUGUGUCCCAAAUCAGUGCAUAAAAGUGUUUAAAAAGGCAACUCUUCCUUUAUGUGAGAAUGCUUGCAAAAAACUCUGCAACCAGAACAAAUUUGCUCAUGUGAAAUUCUACUCCAUGCCUCCUCAAGACUUGUGCGAGGGAUUUUUUGGUUUACUAUGUAAUAACUGA